CCUUCUCUGGACGAUGGCGCACGGUGGCCGCGGUCGCUGCCUAGGACUCGUCCUGGGGCUGCUGCUGGUGUUGGCGCUGGCUCCCGUGACGCUGCGAGCUAAACCCACGGUGCGCAAGGAGCGCGUGGUGCGACCGGACUCGGAGCUGGGCGAGCGGCCGUCCGAAGACAACCAGAGCUUCCAGUAUGACCACGAGGCCUUCCUGGGCAAAGAGGACUCCAAGACCUUCGAUCAGCUCACUCCCGACGAAAGUCAGGAGAGGCUGGGGAAGAUUGUCGAUCGAAUAGACAGUGAUGGGGAUGGCUUUGUCACCACGGAGGAGCUGCAAACCUGGAUUAAACGGGUGCAGAAAAGAUACAUCUACGAUAAUGUUGCUAAAGUCUGGAAGGAUUACGAUCGAGACAAAGACAAUAAAAUUUCCUGGGAAGAAUACAAACAAGCCACCUAUGGUUACUACCUAGGAAACCCUGCAGAGUUUCAUGACAGUUCAGAUCAUCACACCUUUAAGAAGAUGCUGCCACGUGACGAGAGAAGGUUCCAGGCUGCAGACCUCGACAGUGACCAGACAGCUACUCGGGAAGAGUUCACUGCUUUUCUGCACCCUGAGGAGUUUGAGCAUAUGAAGGAAAUUGUAGUUUUGGAAACUCUGGAGGACAUCGAUAAGAACGGAGAUGGCUUUGUGGAUCAGGAUGAGUACAUUGCUGAUAUGUUUUCCCAUGAGGACAGUGGCCCUGAGCCAGACUGGGUUUUGUCAGAACGGGAGCAGUUUAAUGAAUUCCGAGAUCUGAACAAGGAUGGAAAGUUGGACAAAGAAGAGAUUCGCCAUUGGAUCCUCCCUCAAGAUUAUGACCAUGCGCAGGCUGAGGCCAGGCACUUGGUGUAUGAGUCAGACAAAAACAAGGAUGAGAAGCUGACUAAAGAGGAGAUAUUGGAGAACUGGAACAUGUUUGUUGGAAGUCAGGCUACCAAUUAUGGGGAAGAUCUCACAAAAAAUCAUGAUGAACUUUGAUACACACUCA